GUUGAUGAACAGCGAAUGAAAGUGACAGAAAUGGCGUUUGGGGAACAGGGAAUGCGUAGAACGGAAUACCGAAAGUGUUGACGACGAAUUUAGCCAAGUGUGCUGGUCGGCAUUGAAAUCCGGAAUUUUUCACAGAAGACCCAGCAGGUGAACCCGAAAAUGAAGAUGGACGGGUUGGGGCAAACUGCCGUGCCCACGGACGUCAGAGACGACGAGGCGAUACGCGUGUCUUUGUGAGAGAGCGUGCACGCGAUGGACGAUAACAAUGGGAUAGGAGCAAUGAGGAUGCAAGAAAAUCUUAUGUGUGCCAAAAUGAGCGACGAGCGCAGCGUGAACGGCGAUGGCAAAAUCGCCUGCGGUAAAGAGUCGCCUCGCAAUGGAACCGCCACCACCACCAACGGUGCCUUCGGCCAAAAGCCGACGACCGUGCAGACCGACUCGGGCGGCAGGUUGCGGUUUUUCAAAGACGGCAAACUGAUCUUUGAACUGUCGCACCACAAGGAGGGCGAAAGGGCGUCGUGGGUGGCGGUGCCCAAGAAAACAUAUUGGCCGCCGAGAGGCAAAUGCAGUUCUCUGGUUCCUGUCGCAGUGGCUGGGUCGUCUCGUCAGGAGAGUUCGGCCUCAUUAAGUGUGUCUGAUGACAAUUCGUCUGUGCAAUCUUCCCCUUGGCAGAGGGACCACUGCUGGAAGCAGAACCACCCUCGCAAGGAUGCAGGCCGCUACCUGACAUUCCUGAUGCGGCCAGACGCUCGUGCAAAGUCAGCCAGGCGGCGAAAUUGUUUGGUUUUGAAGCAUAAGAGACGGAGACCGUUUGACCCUGCGGAGGUCAUGGAGGGUUCAGUGGCAGUGAUGGGGGGUGACAGGCCGCCGGCAAGUGCGGUCGAGAGAAAGAAACUAAUGGCUGUUGUUGAAGUUUUGGCUGCCAAGUCAGCCGAGGCAAGAAAGGUGUCGCCUGUGGCCGGGUGCAGCAAAGCAGACCACAGUGUGGUGUCGCCGAGGAAAAGAAUUCUCAGAGAAUUUGAAAGGGUUUCUUUGGAGGACCAGACUAAUAAGAGACACAAAAGGCCAUCAUCUAGUGCUCAGGUGAAGUCUCCGUCACCCCCUGUGCUUGGUCCACACAUCAACGCUGUCCGAACAAAAGGUAGUUACAGCGUGCCUGCUUCAACACCGUCGCCCACAAGUAGUCCAUCACCCUCAUCGUCAUCAUCAAAAGGCAAAGAGAGGCUGGGAUCGUACAGCAUUAACUCUUUGCUUGGCCGGACUGACGAACCUCCAGAGUCAGAGCCUUCACCCUUCCUCAGGUCGCUCCUCAAGUCGCCUUCUCGCAGUGACCAGGGAUCUUCGGGAUCGUCACCUUCUUGCGUCUCCUCGCCGCAGUCCCCCUCCGAGGUCAAGUGGCGACCCUCUAAGAAGAAAGUAGCAUCUCCAGACCCUCCAUCCUCACAUCCCCUGCCCUUCCACCAACCCUUUUCUGGCCUCAACUUUUUCCCUCCACCCGCGCCCAUGAUGCCCCAGUAUUUUUCUCCAUACUCCCGGGGCUUGUGGACGCAUCCGCACUCAGCUGGUCCUGUUCUCAACUACCCGGCAGCAGGGCUGUUGCCCCUGGGGGCAGCCUGGGGCCACACCCACCUUGGACCGACUGCACCAAUGCCACCACCCUUCUAUGGUGACCCUGGGAAAAGAGAGGAGUUGGCAGCAGACAUGCCUUUGAAUUUGUCUAAAAACGCUGGAUGAGCCAUGUCUGGAUUCUUCCAGCAGAUUCAACUCAAAGUAACCUGUCGCUUACCCCAUCUUGGCUACUGACUUCAUAGAAACUCGCUAUAAGAAAGAUGUUGAUAUCUCGCUCCAAAUCUGCAGAUCACAAUACCUUAAGACCCUGCCAAACCCAAAGUGAAAAUAAUAAUUCUAACUCUGAUUGCUCAAUUCCCACCGGCUCUCUCACUCUUUAUCUUGCGGCCGAUGAGCAAGUUUCUUCAGUUUCAAACUUAUCUGUCAAUCAACAGUCUUCCUUUUUUUAAACAAUUUUCUUGUCGCCAUCAUCAGCAGAAAUAAGAAUCCACCAGUAUUAUUGCAUUUUCUCUACUUUUAUGCCAAUCGCGAAAAAGUGCAAAAUAAUUCCUUGUGUUGUCGCAGUCGACUAAAUAAUUAGCUUCUUCAGCAUUGUGGAAAUAUUUUUAUACAAGGAAACAGUAUUUUGUAAUCGUAGCUCACUGUGCGUCGCAGGUAGAUGACAUUUAAAUAUACAAUAACCAGGAUUCGGAUAUUUUUAGUUGGUUUUCGAGCAACUCGACGCUUUUUCUAUAAAUGUAAUUAUAUACUCGGUUUACUUAAAACUGCAUGUGCAUUUAGGCAUCUCAGGAAAACCAGCUUUGAAAAAUUGCUUUCUAGCUGCCGAAGCGCAAAAUUAGACUGCUUGUAAAGCCAACCGAAUCCUGUCUAAUACUGUUGUGAUUCACUCACGAGUGCUUUAAAAUGGACAUACUAGCUGGAGGCCAGAGGCAGAGCUGUGCUCUCUUUGGCCGCUCUCUCAUCUCCAACCACACGUACACACAAAAAAGCAGACUAUUUUUAAUAAUACAAAUCCACUCAACCGACCGGAGCUCCGGCUCUGCAAAUUUUUAACCUGCACAAUCAAAGUUGAUUUUUAACGCUUUUUUCUUUUAAGUUGAAAUAUUCUAUGGACUGCGUUCCUUUCGAGCUCUUGAAUGGAAAAAAUAUCUGGUUGAAAAUUUUACUCGAUCGUGUUCAACUCUUUUAUUUUAGACUGUGAAAUGUUUAAGGUAUUUUUAUGCAAUGCACUACUUGUUUUACAAAGAAUAUUUUAAAGAACGUUGUUUUUAUUAUUAUUUAACAAUGUUUAUUUUGUGAAGGCUCCUCUCUCUUGGGAGCUGCUCUGCAAUAUUGGAAUUAAGACUUUGAAAUUUUGAUUUCUAGCUUACUCGGUGUACAUAAUUGUCAUCUGCAAAUUAUGUAAAAAGUGCUCAAAAUAGGCCGAUCACAUAACGUGUACUAAAGGAACAGAAACCUGCACAGUGUAUGUUUGAUUGAUUUUUGUGACCGAUCUGCCAAGCAAUAUAAUAACAAACAUUAGAGUGAUUGACAAUUUUUCCAAGCCCGACUUUUUGGAAACGUUGCCUCUCAACAACAAUAAUUGCACCUCAGAAGCGAUGAUGCACUACUGUCGAUUCAAUUUAAUCUCUUGUAAAUAAUAUCCUUGAAAACUUGAAAAGAAGAUUAAAAAAAUAGAAAUAUUGAAUAACAAUACCCUUGGUGUACAUGAUGUGAAGUAUAUAUAUAUUUUCAUAGCGACUAGGGACAAGAAUCAAUCGUAUGUACGAUGAAUGAACGCAGAUUUGUGCCAUGUAUUUUUUGUCUGGCGUCAAAACAAUAUUUUUGACUAAAGAAAAGCAAGUUGCAAUUAUUAGAAUAAAUUUAUUUUAUUUAUUGUGAUACGGUUUAUAUAAUAAAGAGAGUAGUAUGUAUACUUGCUGCUGUAAUUAUUACGCGAUGGAGACGAAUCAUUUUAAUAAAGAAAAAAAAACAAUUUUGGUAAAACGCGAAGCUUGUACAGAAAAAUAAUACAUUUAAUAAAUGUUGUACAUUAAAAGGUA